AUGCGACGCGACACUCAAGGUGUCACUGGAACAAACUUCUGCUUGCACGGAAACGUCCCUGUCGACGUCUCCAACGCUUGCAAGACCCAUCAGAAGAGAGUCAUCCCGACCGGUGGUCAGGUCGACCACGGCAUCGAUGCGGGCGAUAACGGGCAUUUGGCGGCGGUCAAUGCUGCGGAUGGCAGCUGUGACGGCUCCCCCGCACUGCGAAAACGACUCGUCCCGUCGCCCGAUCACAUCGGAGAGAUCGUCAGAAAUGAUAUCAAUGCUGAUCAGGCGGUGCACUCGGCCCAGAUGGGCGAAGGGUCGGGGACCACGGGCGACUCGGAUGAAGGUGUGAACAACGAGGGCGCUGGCCUGGGCUCGUCCAUCACUUCGCUCGUCGCUGGCCUGCUCUCUGGCCAGAGCUCGGGCUUUGGCGCCAUCGAAGACGUUGUGAACCACGGCAUCGGCUUGGGCAAGCAGGCAGGCGUGGCGCAUGCAAACGACCAUCCACCAGGCGCAACGGGCUUAGAAGCGCUCCAAGAUGCCGGCGGACCCUCUUUGAUCACUCAGGGUGGCGAUGCGAAUCAGGGUGCUCCAAGUGUGACCACUCAAGAUGCGGCCAGCCCUCCUCCGGCACCAGCACGACGCAACAUCGACGACCCCUACACCGCCUAUCAAAUCCUCACGCUCGUCACGGCGGCCUUUCGCGAGUCGGACGCGUCCAUACCCCCACCUCCUCGCAUCCGCAUCUUCCCGCGCACCCCGCUUGGUCCGGCGAUGAUGAUGAUGGGCGGUGGGAUGGGCGGCAUGCAGAUCCUGACGCAGAUGAUGCCCGUCAUCCUCGCGGGCAUCCAGGCGGGCGCCAAGAUCGGUGUCGCGCUGCUGCAGUAUUUGGAAGCGAGGGAGAUCGAGAAGGCGCAGACGCAGGCGGCCAAUCGUACCGCUAUUGCGGCUGAGGCGGCGACGGCAAAGGGCUCAACGGAUGUAGAAGUGGCGACGGGUGGGACACAACGGACGGGCUCGGAAGAUGCGACGGGGGCAGCAAGCGCGGUAGGUGGGAAGGCAGCACGUCGUGCCCUCGAAACUUCCUCUCCGCUGUGGCCACGAACAGGCGAUGAGGAAUGCGACGGUAGCGCGGAUCUGUGUGUCAGGCUGAUGGAAGGGGCGUUUCCGUACUGUCGCUCUCUGAAGAAAGAGGAAGGAUUGGUGGAAUUGCUGGAGGGAUGGAGUCGAUUCGGCGAUGCGUCGACGACGUUCACUAAGACCAUGGCGGCGCACUGUACGGCAAAGUGUGUCGGAUUUGUGCAGGCGGCCAGGGCGAGGGAGGGCUUUGUGGAUCGGGCCAAUAAAUGUGCUGGCAACCCAAAUCUCUUCGGCGAGCAAGAGGUGGGCAGCGUACCUGGCAGACCUGUCGCUGCCUUCGUUCAAAGACCCUAUGACGGCGUUCAUAAUGUCAACGCCGCUAACAGCCUUGCCGCUGCCUGGAUCAAAAGCCCCGACUAUAGCGCUGGUAGUGUCGCCACCAAGCAGCGCCAGGGCAACGGCUCAUCGCUAUCCAGGCGAUCCGUGUCGACAGCUCAGUGUCACGCCGGCUACCAGUCCCUCUUCACUAACGUCAAGCGUCCGGUGACCGCCUACGAGCACAAGCUCUUCGGCUCGGUCGUCUCGGACCCUUCCUCCUUUCUCCACUGGGGCCUCGUCCGUAGUGUAUCCCAAUGCCUCACGGCGUGCGACCAGACGGACGGCUGCGUCUUUGUCAACAUCUACCAGCAAACGUUCAGCCUCGACAACCCUAGCAUCAAGCUCACCACGCGCUCUGAAGAGGCACCAGCGAACGAGGAUGCAGGCGAGGGCGAAGAGCGCAAGAAGCAAUUCGCGCACCAGCCAGAGCGCAAGAAGAACUCGUUUGUGCCGGGCAACUUGACAUGUGCGCUGUACUCGCGGUGCUUUGGCGAGUGCGAGGCGCGCAUAGCCAGUGGUGGCGACUCGCCUGUUUGCUUCGAACGCUCGAGGGGCUUUUGCAAGUCGAAAGGUUGCGCCCAAGGGUAG